AUGGAGGGAAUGGUAACUAAUUUGACAUUGGCAAAGGAAAACCAGAACCACUUCCAUGAAUAUCUCAGCAACAAUCAAGCUGCUAGUCCUGGGUUGGAGUUGAUUGUCACUGUUUUCACAACUGGAUUCUGGCCUAGUUAUGAAUCUUCUGAUCUGAGCCUCCCAACAGAGAUGGUGAAGUGUGUUGAGGUUUUCAAGGAGUUUUAUCAAACCAAAACGAAACAUAGGAAACUCACAUGGAUUUAUUCAUUGGGAAUUUGCAACAUUAAUAGAAAGUUUGAGCAAAAAACUAUAGAGUUAAUUGUCGGGACAUAUCAAGUUGCAGUACUGCUGUUAUUCAAUGCAUCAGAUAAGCUGAGUUAUUUAGACAUCAAAACUCAGUUAAAUGGAGCACGAUUCAAUAUUAUUAAGCGGAGCACAGCGGUUUACUUGGAGAGUAGAGCCAAUCAAGGCGCAUCUUGUUUCAGAAAAACUGCCAGCGAGUUUGCAUGUGCAGUGGAGCUGGAUCCUUUGUCUGAUUGUUUGCUAUCUCCUGUGCCAAUAAGAGGAGCAUCAACAUCUACCAAGGAUCGAAUAGGUUCAGGUUUUGGUUUCUCUAAUGGAACAUUGUUUCCAGAAGUAAUAAAUUCAUGCAUGGCCAAUACAUGUUGCAAGUCAUUAUUCAGUGAUAGUCCUUAG